AUCAACAUCACCAGCCUUGCCUCUCAGCCCAUUUUGCCUCCAGCUCAUACUGGGCCAUGAUGGGCUGAGCAGUGGGCAUAAGGUUCACAUGCGUUAACCUGGGUGAUAGUGUGGUUGACAAGAAGGUCACAAAUGCUGGCCAAAGGAGAGUUCUUUAUCAACUGAUCUUGGAGACCCGAGUAUUCUGAACUAGAUUUAUAAGAUAUCCAAAUGUAUUUUUACUGCAACACCUUUUUCUCAGUUAUUCACAAUUUGUAACAAUAUUUGGACCAUAAGGCAUGCAGGCACCAUUGUUCACCUUAUGGCAUCUACCCAAAAUGUAGGCUUGAUACUUAGAAACUCUAAGUUUACUUUCUUGGAGAAAUCCACUUUCAUGUCUUCUGCCAUCACCUCUUUGUUCUUGACUUUCAGAUUUAUAUCUCUAGUCUCAAUUUCGUAUUGCAGCUCCAGUCCCAUUCCUUCCAUUUGCCUACAGGACAUUUCCACUUUUAUGUCCUGCCAUCAACUCAAAAUGCACAUGUCCAAAAUUGAACUGAUGAUCUCUGCUUACAAAUGGCUUACCUUGCUGCCUCUCUCAUAUCUCUCAUUCACUCAUUUUCCCAGUUUCCUAAGGUUAGAAUUGUGGCUUUCUUUCUAACCUCUCAUUUCCUUCAAUUUUGCCAAAUUUAUUUCCUCCUUGGAUUUCUCUGAGGAUUUUGUCUUUGUCCAUUUCUUCUCUAUCCUUCCUUUAAAACAUGCCCUUAUCAUCUCCUGUUAUUGGAUCACUGCAUUGAUAUUCUGGCUUGUCUCUUUGAUUACUGUCUAAUCUAUGUGAUUAAAACAUAUUUUAAUCAUGUCACUCUCCUUCUUUAAAAAACAAACAAACAAACAAAAAAACCUACAUUGACUUGUUAUUGUUUAUCUUGUCCCAAGUUAAAAAUCCUCAUUCCAGAGUUCAUGGUCCUUUUGUAAAUUGGUCCAAAUUCACUUUUUGAACCUUAUAUUUCACUUCUCCCACAUAUGAGUUUUGCUUUAUUAAUAUACAUGUACUAGACUAAUUUUACCUCAAUUAUAUAUCUGCUUCAGUAUUAGGAAAACUAUCAGUAUAAUUGACCAUGUCAAAUAAUAAAAACAAAAAUCAUCAUAUGAUCAUAUCAAUAGAUACAGAAAAUAGCCCUUGACUACAUAUAUAUAUAUGUAUAUAUAUAUAUAUAUAUAUUUCCCAUUCUUCUUCAAAAAACACUAGAAAGUAGGAAUCAAUGGAACCAUUUAAAAAUAAAACAGUAGUGUCUAAUUAAAACAGAUAAAGGAGACAUCUGUAUAAAUAUGAAACUUUCCCAGUAAGAUCAGAAAUGAAGCAAGGAUUUCCAUUAUCACCAUUAUUGUGCAGCAUUGUUCUAAAAAGUCUAACUAUAGUACUUAGAAAUUUAAAAAAGUAGAGGAAUAAAAAUAGGCAAAAAGAAUUAUUGCUCUUUGCAAGUGAUAUGAUGGUGUACAUAGAGAACCCUUGAAGAUUGAUUGAAAAAAUAAGUUGAAAUAAUUAUCAAUUUCAACAAAGUUGUAGGAUGCAAAAUAAACCCACAUAAAUCAUCAGCAUUCCUUUAUAUUACCAACAAAAUCUAGCAUCAAGAGAUAGAAAGAAAAGUCCCACUUAAUAUAGUGAUAGAAAAUAUAAAAUACUUGGGAGUCUACCUGCCAAGAGAGACCCAUAAAUUAUAUGAACAUAAUUACAAAACACUUUUAAUAAAGAAAGAUCUAAAGAAUUUAAGAAAUGUGUAGCCUAACAUAACAUGAUUAAAAUGACAAUUCUGUUUAAGUUAACUUACUUAUUCAUUGCUAUACCAGUCAAACUACCUAAUCAUUAUUUUGUAGCACAGAAAUGAUGGGGGGAGUAGUGUCAGAAAAACCUGGGAAAAACUUACAUGAACUGAUGAAAUGUGCAGUGGGGAGAACCAGAACAUUGUACACAGAAUUCAUCUGGAAGAAAAAAAAAGGUCAGGAAUAUAAAGGGAAUAUAAUAAGCAAGAUGAUUUCAGAAAAAGCUGAAAAGAUCUCCAGGAACUGAUGCAGAGUGACAUAAGCAGAACUGGGAGAACAUUGUAUAUGAUAACAGCCAUAUUGGAUGAUGAUUUUCUGUGAAAACUUGGCUACUUUAAGCAAUACAGUGAUCCGGGACAAUCCUGAAAUACUUUUGAUGGGGAAUGCUAAUCAUCUCCAGAGAAAGAACUGUUGGAGUCAUCUUUCAUAUCAGUGUAUCUUUGGUUUUAUUUUGGAGUUUUGGUUAUGUAUGAGUGUGCUUUUACAACAAUGACUAAUAUGGAAGUGUCUUUUGCAUGACAAAAAAAAUGAAAAAAAAAACCUCAGCUUAGGUCAUCUUCUAUACGAAGUUUUUUCCUGAGCUCCGAAGUGCUCAUAGCAGCCUCACAACAUGACUGUGUAUUCAUUUUGAUUCUGUUCUUCAUAUAUGUACAUUUCUUUUCCCUUGUUAAAAUAUAAGACUACUGAGGGUAGAGAAUUUUUAACUUUUAUCUUAUCACAGUGUUGAGUAUAUGUGAGAUAAAUAAAUAAAUCCUGAUUGAUUGGUUAAAAAAAAAAGAAUAUCAAGGGAAUACAUUUUAAAAAUGAGAAGGAAAGUAACCUAGCCUGAUCAGAUUUCAAACUGUAUUACAAAGCAAUAAGUAUCAUAGCAAAAUGGUACUGGCUAAGAAAUAGAGUGAUAGAGCCAAGGUAUAGAUUAUUUACACAAUGCACAGUAAUAAAUGACCAUAGUAAUUUAAUGUUUGAUAAAUCCAAAGAUCCAAGAUUUGGGGGAAAGAACUCAACAUUUGACAAAAAUAUUUGGGAAAACUGGAAAGCAGUUUGGUAGAAACUAGGCAUACACCAACAUCUCACACCAUAUACCAGAGAAAGGCCAAAAUAGAUAAAUGAUCUAAAUAGAAAUAGAAAGAUCUAAAUAGAAAAAUAAAAAAAAAUAAUUAGAAGAGCAUGGAAAAAUGUGCCUGUAAAAUUUAUGAAUAAGGGAAGCAUUUAAGAUUAAAUAAGAGAUGGAGAACAUUACAGGAUAUAAAAUGGAUAAUUGUAUUAUAUGAAAUUCAAAAACCUUUACAGAAAUUAAGCUAAUGCAGCAAAGUUAGAAAGAAAACAUGAAACAGGAAAAAUUUAUAGCAAGUUUCCCUGAUAAAGGCCUUAUUCAUAAGAUAUAUAAGGAAUUGACUCAAAUUUAUAAAAAUAAGAGUCAUUCCCCAGUUGAUAAAUGACCAAAGGAUAUGAACAGGCUGUUUUCAGAAGACGAAAUAAAAAUUAUCAAUAGUCACAUGGAAAAAAUGCUCUAAAUCAGUAUUGAUUAGAUAAAUGCAUAUCAAAACAACCUUGAAUUAGUACUUGUUACCCAUCAGAUUGGCUAAUGUGAUAGAAAAGGAAAAUGACAAAUACUAGAGAGGAUGUGGAAAAAUUGGGACACUAAAACACUGUUACUGGAGUUGUGAACUAGAAGAACAAUUUGUAAUGAUACCAAAAGGCCUUUAAAACUACACAGCAAUAACCCUACUAGCUAUAUGUGUCCCAAAGGGAUCCAAGAAAAUGGAUAAAAAACAUGUUUAUUCAAAGAUAUUCAGAUUAGCUUUUUGUGGUGGCAAAGAAUUGGAAAUUGAGGGGAUAACCUUCAAUUGAGAAAUGGUUGAACAAAUUGGUAUAUAAGAUUGUGAUGGAAUAUUAUUUAUGGUUUAAGAAAUGAUGAUGAGAGUAGUUUUAGGAAAACCUGGGAAGACUUAUAUAAAUUGAUGAAAAGUGAACUGAGAACCAGAACAUUGUACACAAUAACAACAUAGUUGUAAGGAUGAACAACUGUGAAAGGCUUAGCCACAUUCAUCAAGACAAUGAUCCAACUCUCCUGGUCUGGCCGAGCGAGAGGAGGAGGCUACAGCCCCUGGCUCGGGCUCCCCGUCACCACCCCUUCCCUGAGCGGGAUGAGCUCCCGGAAAGUGCUGGCCAUUCAGGCCCGAAAGCGGAGGCCGAAGAGAGAGAAACAUCUGAAAAAGCCGGAGCCGCAACAAAAAGCUCCCUCUGUACCCCCUCCACCAUCACCACCUCCACCACCACCUCUACCAGAACCAGCACCACCAGAAUCAGAAGAGGAAAUUCUGGGAUCUGAUGAAGAGCAAGAAGACCCUGCAGAUUACUGCAAAGGGGAAAGAUUUGUGGCAAUGAAGGUUGUAAAAAGUGCCCAGCAUUAUACAGAGACAGCCUUGGAUGAAAUAAAGUUGCUUAAAUGUGUUCAUGAAAGUGACCCAAGUGACCCAAACAAAGACAUGGUUGUACAGUUAAUUGAUGACUUCAAAAUUUCAGGCAUGAAUGGCAUACAUGUUUGUAUGGUCUUUGAAGUACUUGGCCAUCACCUCCUAAAGUGGACAAUCAAAUCAAACUACCAAGGUCUUCCUAUCCAUUGUGUAAAAAGUAUAAUUCGAAAGGUUCUGCAGGGUUUAGAUUAUCUACACAGCAAGUGCAAGAUUAUCCAUACUGAUAUCAAGCCAGAAAACAUUUUGAUAUAUGUGGAUGAUGCGUAUGUACGUAGGAUGGUGGCAGAGGCCACUGAGUGGCAGAAAGCAGGUGCUCCUCCUCCUUCUGGCUCAGCAGUGAGUACUGCUCCACAACAAAAGCCUAUAGGAAAAAUAUCUAAAAACAAAAAGAAAAAACUGAAAAAAAAACAGAAAAGACAAGCAGAGCUCUUGGAAAAGCGCCUUCAGGAAAUAGAAGAUCUAGAAAGAGAAGCUGAAAGGAAAAAUGUAGAAGAAAAUAUCACUUCAGCUAUACCCAAAAAUGAUCAGGAAGAUGAAUAUCACCCAGAGGUCAAACUAAAAAUAGCUGGAUUAGAGGAGGCAGAUGAUGAAGAGCCUGCAAAUGAUGAGGGUGAACCUGAAAAUCAAGAGGAGAAAGAAGACACUGAAAAAGAAAAAGAAAAAGAUGAUGAUGAUGUUGAACAGGAACUUGCCAACACAGAUCCUACAUGGAUAGAAUCCCCCAAAACAAAUGGUCUUAUUGAAAAUGGCCCAUUCUUAUUAGAACAACAAAUAGAAGAUGAAGAAGAUGAGGAGGAAGAGUGCCCAAAUCCAGAGGAAUAUAAGCUUGAUGAGCAUGAGCCAAAUACAGAAAGUGAUUAUACGUAUGGUAGCUCCUAUGAACAAUUUAAUGGUGAUUUGCCAAAUGGACAACAUAAAAUUCCUGAGUCACAGUUUUCAGAGUUUACAGCUUCAAUGUUCUCUGGGGCUUUAGAAUCUGUGGCCUGUGGCUCUGCAGUUUCAGAGGGUUCAGUUCUAACUGAGCAAGAAGAAAAUAGUCCAACUCACGACAGGAGCAGAACAGUUUCAGCAUCCAGUACUGGGGAUUUGCCAAAACCAAAAACAAAAACCCGGGCUGCUGACUUGUUGGUGAACCCCCUGGAUCCAAGGAAUGCAGAUAAAAUUAGAGUUAAAAUUGCUGAUCUGGGAAAUGCCUGCUGGGUGCACAAACACUUCACAGAAGAUAUUCAGACUUGCCAGUAUAGAUCCAUAGAAGUUUUAAUAGGAGCUGGCUAUAGUACACCUGCUGAUAUUUGGAGUACUGCAUGUAUGGCAUUUGAGCUUGCAACUGGAGAUUAUUUGUUUGAACCACAUUCGGGUGAAGACUGUUCUAGAGAUGAAGACCAUAUAGCACACAUCAUAUUGCUGCUAGGCAGUAUCCCAAGGCACUUUGCUCUAUCUGGAAAAUAUUCUCGGGAAUUCAUCAAUCGCCGAGGAGAACUACGGCAUAUUACGAAGCUGAAGCCCUGGAGCCUCUUUGAUGUGCUUGUGGAGAAAUAUGGUUGGCCUCAUAAAGAUGCUGCACAGUUUACAGAUUUCCUGAUCCUGAUGUUAGAAAUGGUUCCAGAAAAACGAGCUUCAGCUGGAAAAUGCCUUAGGCAUCCUUGGUUGAAUUCUUAGCAGAAUCUCCAAAUAUAACAUUCUGAGCUAGCAAAUAUUUUCCAGUACAUCGGACCUAAAUGGUGACUCUCAAAUUCUUUAACAGCAUUACAAGUGAGCUGGCUUCAUUCUCAGACCUUUAUUUUGCUUUGAGGUACUGUUGUUUGACAUUUUGCUUUUUGUGCACUGUGGUCCUGGGGAAGGGUAGUCUUUUGUCUUCAGCUAAGUAGUUUACUGACCCACUCUCUUCUGGAAACACUUAAUACCUUGUCUCUAAACAUUGUUUCUUGUGUUGUGUGGCAUUCAAAUGUCAUUUUCUUGAACAAAAAAUACUUUCCCCCUCUUUGUGUUUCGGCAGGUUUUUAAACUAUUUAUGAAGAACUCUUUUAGCUGAAUAUUCUAUAAUUUACACGCUUAAGAAAUUAUCAAGUUGGAAUCAAGAAAGUCAUGGCAAGGAAAUGUAAUUUUAUCUGCUGGCAAAGGGAUAUCAUUCUUGUAUUAUAGUACAUGUAAAUGUACCCUGUAAAUGUUUCUUUCCAUUAAAUUUGGAAUGGGACUCCAAUUUCCGAGUAAAGCUACCAAGUUUUGAGUAAUCUGUAGCCUCUAAGUUGCAUGUAGCAGACAUCAGCUGCUUUGAAGUUAUGCAAACUUCCAAUUCCAUAGCAAUUCUUUUUUCAUUGGAUUUUAAACAAAGCAGCUCUGAUUUCUUUCCCCAUAUGGCACUUUAACAGAAGGCAAGACUUGUUUCUCAAUCUAAAACAUGGAUUACAUACUUGCAUUCCCAUUGGAUAUUUUGCCUAUUUUUUAAAAAAGUGCAUUUAAGGAAAAAUAGCAGUUUCCCUUAUAAUGUGAUAACAUGCUACAAUGUGAUAUUUAUUGUUGCCUACAAGCACCUACGUCCAACUAUGCACAGGUUAAAUUGAGCAAAGGAAACAUUUCUACAUGUGUGAUGAAAAUUAUGUUUGAGAAAAAGAGUAUUCUAUGUCUAAAAAGCAAGGGGUAGAGUGUAUAAUUUGCAAUGUGAUGGGCAGAGAAAUCCCCUCAAGUCUCAGAGGUUAAAGAGAUCCCAUUCAUUCUUCAUGUAGCUUUACAUGUUUCUAAUAACAAAUUGCACUAGUUUUUUGUCUUUCCAUGAACUGAAGUACAAAGAAUAUGAUUUUCCCUUUGCGAGCUGCAGUUUGGUUUAUGUGUGUAGAAUCCAGGACACAACCAUAAUAGGCAAUACAGAUUUUAGAAAUGUUAAUAUUCAGAGGUAUUUUGCCUCUUUUAGAAGUCAGUGGGAGGAAUGUAAUUUUUUUUUCCGGUUUUACACAUUAAUUAUGGUGCCACUUUUUCUUGACUUUGUCCAUUUAAAUUUAUUCACAUGCCUUUGCAAUAACUAGAUUGUGAAAAGAUACCCAAGUGUUGUAAUAAUAACCUAUUGUUUGAGGUGCUUGCAGUUGUCUAAUAAAGUGCUUUGCUUAAAAAAAAAA